GAGGCUGUUUUGGCGGUGUUGGUGUUAGCUGCUUUAGCUCGCGCUGGUUUAAGUUAAUGGAUGCAGUGGAGUAACCGGUUAUUACUGUAAAUAUUAAUAAUCACCUGUAACCAUGAUCCACGAGCUUCUGCUCGCUUUAAGUGGAUAUCCCGGCACUGUUUUUACAUGGAAUAAGAGGAAUGGAUUACAGGUGUCACAGGACCUGCCGUUUCUCCAUCCCAGUGAAACCAGUGUCCUGAACCGGCUGUGUAAAAUGGGCACCGACUACAUGCGUUUCACAGAGUUUAUAGAGCAACACACAGGCCAUGUCCACCAGCAGGAGCACUACUCGAACCAGCCGAGCCAGACUGGUCUUUAUGGGAUCUACCUGCGGGCCUUCUGCACCGGCCUGCAUUCCAUACUGCAGCCCUACCGACAAGCACUCCUGGACCUGGAGCAAGAGUUCCUCGGUGAUCCACAUCUCUCUAUUUCACAUGUGAACUACAUGCUGGAGCAGUUCCAGCUGCUCUUCCCGUCCGUGAUGGUUGUUGUGGAGACUAUCAGAUCUCAGAAGAUUCACGGUUGCCAGAUUCUAGAGACUGUUUACAAGCACAGCUGUGGAGGACUACCACCCGUUCGGAUGGCCUUAGAAAAGAUUCUGGCGGUGUGUCAUGGGGUGAUGUAUAAGCAGCUGGCUGCGUGGAUGCUGCACGGGCUGCUGCUGGACCAGAGCGAGGAGUUCUUCGUGAAGCAGGGUCCCAGCGCAGGAGGAGCUGCAGCAGUGCAGGAGGAGGAGGAGGAGGACCUGGGCAUCGGGGGUCUGAGCGGGAAACAGCUCAGAGAGCUGCAGGACUUGAGGCUGAUAGAGGAGGAGAACAUGCUCGCUCCGUCACUGCAGCAGUUCUCCCUGCGCGUUGAGAUGCUUCCCUCCUACAUUCCUGUCAGAGUGGCUGAAAAAAUCCUCUUUGUUGGAGAGUCGGUCCAGAUGUUUGAGAACCACAACCAGAGUCCAUCCAGAGCUGGAUCUAUACUGAAGCACCAGGAGGACACGUUCGCUGCGGAGCUCCACAGACUCAAACAGCAGCCUCUCUUCAGCCUGGUGGACUUCGAGAAUGUGAUCGAUGGCAUUCGGAGCACAGUCGCUGAGCAUCUCUGGACUCUGAUGGUGGAGGAAUCGGAUCUUCUGGGACAGCUGAAGAUCAUAAAAGACUUUUAUUUGUUGGGACGUGGUGAACUAUACCAGGUCUUCAUUGACCUUGCCCAGCAUAUGCUUAAAACUCCGCCCUCGGCUGUGACAGAACAUGAUGUUAACGUGGCGUUUCAGCAGGCUGCCCACAAAGUCCUGCUCGAUGAUGACAACCUUCUACCCCUCCUUCACCUCACCAUCGAUUAUCAGGGGAAAGAAAACAAAGAGGCGUCUGGCAGUCGUGAGGGCACCACACCUCCUCAGGAGUCGUCUCCUCGAGAGGCCCCGUCCACUGGCUGGGCGGCGCUGGGGUUGGCCUACAAGGUGCAGUGGCCCCUGCACAUUCUCUUCACUCCGGCUGUGCUGGAAAAGUACAACGUGGUGUUUCGUUACCUGCUGAGUGUACGCCGGGUGCAGUCUGAGCUGCAGCACUGCUGGGCUCUGCAGAUGCAGCGGAAGCACUUAAAGUCAAACCAGACAGAUGCAGUCAAAUGGAGACUGCGCAACCACAUGGCCUUCCUGGUAGACAACCUGCAGUAUUACCUACAGGUGGACGUGUUGGAGUCGCAGUUUUCACAGCUUCUACAGCAGAUCAACUCUACACGAGACUUCGAGAGCAUUCGUCUGGCUCACGACCAUUUCCUCAGUAAUCUCCUGGCCCAGUCCUUCAUCCUCCUCAAACCAGUUUUUCACUGUUUAAAUGAGAUUUUGGAUCUGUGUCACAACUUUUGUUCACUGGUGAGUCAGAAUUUGGCACCACUGGAUGAGAGAGGAGCAGCACAGCUGGACAUAAUGGUGAAGUAUAAAUUGUCAGAAGUUUCUAAUGCACUGCCUGGCCAAGACAAAAGUCUCCACCUGGAUGUAAGUAAGUAAAGGAUGUGGGGUUGGUUGAUGCUGCAGUUGUUCUGCAGGUUUAGGUUCAGCAACAGUAUGUGCUGAAAGAAUGAGGUCAGCUGACUCUACCUGAAUAUACUGAAUAUAGACCAGGUUAUUCCAUCAAUGGAUUUUUUCUUCCCUGAUGAACACGAACAUAUUCCAAGAUAACAAUAUCAGGAUUCAUGGUGCUGGAAUUGUAAAAGAGUGAUUCAGGGAGCGUGAGAUCAUCAUUUAUCACACAUGGAUUCCAGACCCACAGAGUAACAUUCUUCCAUGUCCUA